AUGGUAAUGAAAGCCAAUUUCUGCUUCAAGAUCGGUGAGGUGAUAUGCCCUAUUCCCACAAACUAUACAUUUGGGAACGGCGAACUUGUCCUGGAUGACGAACGCCGCGUAGCACUAGGCGAAGAAUUUAACGCAACCAUCAUUAAUAACUUCCUUAUCGCCACGCAGGAGAUAAAUAAAGAUGAGUUUGUGGUGGUCAACCCUUGUUUGGUGAUAUAUGACGGCGCAAGGCUUCCUCAGGGCUCCGCUGCUUCUACUUUCAAAAACGCUAGAGAAGACGAGCAACAACGUUUAUUUCCCUACGCAGAUGAGAAGGUACGCCAACAGGCACUUGCGGACGGGUUCAUCGCCACUUGUUGCCAAAAGAGUGUGGAAAUCGUACGGAAGCCAGACUCUGGCUUUGCAACCCUAGCAACUUGCAGUCACGAAGCAGGAAGCAUCGUAUUCACUAGUACAGCGCUUCUUCUGCCGUUCCCUGCACAAGGUACAAUUGAACUACCCGGUAAGAAGUACUUGCGACCCUCUUGUUGUGUGGAAUUCGUCCGGCAUUCUUGCCAACCAAACGUUCAACUUGAAAUUAGUGGAACAACCAUAUCCGCUGUUGCUACGCGAGCUAUUGAAAAAGAAGAACAACUCACACGCAAUUUCCUGUGCACCGAGUGGGAUAUCGCGCAUCCAUUCUCCUGCGCCUGCAAGACUACUUCAUGCUACGGUAUUAUCCGUGGAUUUCGCCACCUUGGAUCAGAGCAGCAAGCGCAACUAUUGCCGAGUGUGUGUGCCGCCAUCAAGGAGAGACACAGUGCGGUGGUUCCCCCAACUGCAUCACUCGCUGGGCUGCAGAAGUCAACGGUGCUUACUUUGACCUCUGAUGGUAAGAUCGCCACCCAGCAGUUUGUCCCACCGGGCACGGUACUGUUGCAGGUAGACAGAUUUGAUAUACGCCCGCACCGAGUCGUCAUUGACAGCUUGUCCAUUGCGCACAGCUGUGAUGCCAAUACAGUUCUUCUUGAUGGCAGGCUUGUGUCGCUACGGAUGCUUCAACCUGGGGACCAACUCUCUCUCAACCUCUCCACACUUCAAUAUGAGCUUCCUGCGCCUUUCGAAUGCAAAUGUGGUUCCCCGAAAUGCUCAAAUACCGUUCGAGGGUUUCGUGGGCUCAGUGAUGAGGAAAAGAAGCAGCUCUUGCCUUUCACACAACAGCCCGUGUUUCUGGAGGCGCUGCAGAAUGGCUGUCCCUGGAGCUCCAGUAAUUCUCUGGCAGUGACACGGAGGCACCCAACAAUGGGUGAAAUAACUUAUGCCGGCGACUUCAUCCCCAAGGGUACACAGGUGUUUGAUCUGCGAGGCGUGGUACUGCCCUUCGCAACCAAACACACAAUUUUCGUUGGGGAUGACGAGCAUCUUUUUCUCACGGAUCAGGCACGCUGCAUCGCACAUAGUUGUGAACCUAACCUGCGUGUUGUUAUGGACAGGUCCACAAAGAGCGGAUACUGCCUGUCGCUGCGUGAUAUUAAACUGGACGAGAUGUUAACUUACGACUACCUCACUACUGAAUGGGAGUUAGCAUCCUCCUUCAGGUGCAUCUGUGGUACUGCUAACUGCUAUGGCCUUAUCAGAGGUUUUCGGUAUCUUGACGCAAGGGCCCAACUACGUUUGUGGCCGCACGCAGCAAGGGGAGUGAAGUCUAUGUUUUCGCGCCAACGCCGUGGUGUGUUGGCAUCCCUUGAUGACUCGCUUAUCUCUAUUCACGAGACAUCGGGGGAGCUUCGGUUAAUGUGUGACACGACGUCUGGGGUUAAGCUCUUCAACGUCACAGACGUUCAGGUAAUUGGUGAUGAGGUUGCACUGGAUGAUAUACGCGUCAAGCACUCGUGCUUUGCCAACGCUGUUUUGCUGGGGCGAAGUGUUGUUCUUCGCCGGGCUUCGCUGCGUGGUGAAGCUGUAACAAUCAACAUCAACCACCUUUGCUACACUACUACGUCAUUUAAGUGCAACUGCAAAGGAGAACACUGCGUUGGAGAAGUGAGCGGCUUCAAAGGCCUCACUGACGAGAUGAAGAAUGCUGAGCUGAUUUGUGCGAGCCCACAUGUUCGAGAGGCCGCUGUUUUGGAUGGUUUCCUCGUUAAAAGUUCUUCCCCACUUGUGGAAGUGAAGGCGGAUGUGCAAAUGGGGCAGUCGACAUUCGCAAAGUCUGACAUUAAAAAGGGAACCCGAUUCUUUCGCGUGAAUGGCCUUACCUUACCCUUUCCCACUAUGCAUACCAUUCUUCUAAGCAACAGGCGGCAUCUUCUUUUUGGUGGCGGAGCGCAGUGUCUUGCGCACAGCUGCGACCCAAACACACGCGUUCUUACAGACAACACUGCGAGGACAAUCGAGUGCAUUGCAUUGCGAGAUAUUCGGAAAGGUGAGGUCAUAUCAUUUAACUACCUCACGACGGAAUGGGAUAUGCAGUACCCUUUCAUGUGUGUCUGCGGAUCGCAAAAAUGUUACGGAUGGAUAGGGGGGUUUAAACACCUUGGCAAUGACGCGCGUCAGAAGCUGUGGAACGUGACAUCCACAGCAAUCAAGUCCCUUGUGGCGGACACUCAAAGUAACCCAAAAGGUGCCUGGAUACAGAUUGCUUCCAAAAGGCUUAUGGUAUGCGACGAGGGGACGGUACAUGUGGCAACCGAAAUGGUGGCAGGGACAGUCGUCAUCGAAUACUCAGCAGUGGAAGUUUUAGACAACUUCGUUUACAUUGAUGGAGUUCGCCUCAAACACCACUGCUCUCCAACCGCGGCGCUCAUUGAGAAGAGGGUCGUACUGCUACGUACUGUUUCUGCCGGUGAUGAACUAAACGUUAACCUUAAUUGCCUGAGCUACUCGCUUCCAGAAGAGAUCGAGUGCAAGUGUUGCCGCUUUGCUCAGCCGCACAAGGUUCGAGGUUUCAAAUGGUUGGAUGAGCAAGAUAAGGAGGCACUAAUCGUUUUCGCGCAGCCGGACGUGCGCGCUGCUGCAAUACGGGAUGGUUUCACAAGUCGCUCUGACUCUCAGCUUAUUGGACUCCGCAGCUGCACUGCCGGCUUGGAGGUUAUUGCCAAAACUCGCGUUGCGGCCGGCACUCGCUUGCUCGCCACAAAGGGACGUUCUUUGCCAUUCCCAACGCCUCUCACGUUGCAACUGGGGGAACGCAGACACCUCCUUCCCUCUGGCGGUGCGCAGUUCGUGUCCCACAGUUGCGAUCCAAACACUUGUAUACGCGUGGAUGCUUUAAAUGAGGCGAUAGAGUUUGAAACCAUAAGAGACAUCGCCGUCGGGGAGGUCGUGACGGCGAACUUCGUGACGACAGAAUGGGAGCUGCACAGCCCGUUCCAAUGUAAGUGUAAUAGUUCCAGCUGCUUGCACAAUAUUCGUGGGUUCAAAUUCCUUUCAAGCGCGCAGCGGUCCAUGCUUCAAAGGUACAUUACGCCUGCAAUGCGUCGACUGGCCGGCUUAACUGCGUCUGUAAGACUACCACCCGUCCUGGAUGUCAAUCAGUCAAGAAUGUUAUACGCGGUGAGCCCUGUCGCGCGCAAAACGGUGCUAUUGGAGUGCACGAACAUUGACAUUCAACCAGUACAGGUUGCAGUUGGUGAAAAUGGGUACAUCAUUCAACAUAAGGAGGAAGGGAACACCGUGCUGGUGGAAGGCCGCUUCCUGGCGCUGCGCAGCAUUGAAGCGGGUGAACUAUUAACGGUUAAUAUGAAUUACUUCGUAUAUGAUAUGAAACCACUAUUUCCUCGAGCGUACUCUCAGCAUUGCCUCGGAUUCUGUCAUAUGGAAGAGGACACUAAGCAACAAAACCUUUACUUGUGUGAACCUCCCGUGCGGGCGCAGGCCAUGCGCGAUGGCUGGACUGUUAAGUCAACAUCACCCCUAAUUGAAAUCCGUCAGAACGGAGACAUGGGCCAGACGGCCUAUGCAAGCACAUUCAUCAAGAAGGGGGUCGUCCUUUUUGAUGUGUCUGGAUUUGUUGUCCCGUUUCCCACAAUGUACACCAUUUGUGUGGGUGAGAGUAGGCACCUUCUCUUUGGUGAGGGUGCGGAGUGCAUUGCUCACCACUGUGACCCGAAUGUGCAAGUUGAGGUAAAUGAACAGAAGACCAGACUUCGGUUUGUGACACUGAGGGAAAUUUCGAAAGGGGAAAUGGUUACAUUCAACUAUUGUACUACAGAGUGGGUAAUGAACAGCCCUUUUGUUUGCCUGUGCGGUUCAUCAUAUUGCGCGGGGACAAUACGAGGCUUUUCAAGUCUUUGUGAGGCAGACCAGCAGCGACUCUGGCCAAUCACUAGCUACGUUGUCAAGCGGCUGCUCGCUCGUGACGGUGAGUAA